UAUUAAGUACUAACGUGGAGCCACCGCAGUAUCAUCAGACCUGCACUGUACCGAUUUGUGAAUUUCUGUUGGAAAUUAACCAAAAAAGUUCUCGAGAUGGCUGAUGAUCAGCAGACUCAUGUUGCAGAUGAACACCAACAGGUACGCAUGAUGUUGUGGGCUGUACCUCGAUCAACCUCGACAGUAUUCACCAAGCUUAUGAGCUUCAUCGAUGACUCCUUGAUCUAUUUCCAGCCUUAUCUCGCUGCUCUCUGGUUCGGUCAAUAUCCCCAGUCUAAAUGUGACCAGGACGCCGCUAGAGCUUACCUGGAGAAACUGUCUGAGGUAACUAAUGUGACGGGUGGAAUCCAGACGUCUGAGUGCACCUUCAGCUGGGCGAAGGAGCAGCUUGAGAAGCCACACGGUGGUAAGAAGCUCAUCUUCUGCAAGGAUCUGUGCUUCUCUGUUGCCGAUCACUACGAGUCUCUUCCACGGGGUUAUCGCCACGUAUUUCUCAUCAGACACCCUCUGAAGGUCUUUGCGUCUUGGAGGAAAAUAUAUCCACUCGAGAGAUGUGAAGACUUCCAGCUUGAUGAGGUACCAACGAGUGUGUUUUUCCCCUCUGGUUACGCCUUCAAUGAGAUGAUUGAGUUACUGGACCACGUGAAGACGACACUUGAUCCAGAACCAAUCAUCAUAGACUGUGAUGACCUGCUGCGUGACCCUCAAGGCAUCAUCUCAAAGCUCUUUAAGAUGGUAGGGUUACCAUUUGAGGAUAGGUACAUGCACUGGGAGGAAGGUGGUGUGGUAGCAAAACAGUGGGUGAUCUGUAAUGGCUUCUUGCAGGGCCACGAGCGCUGGCAGUACUACAAACAUGCAUUUGCGAGUACGUGUUUCACAAAAGUUGGCGCGCUGCCUGAUCGGGCUACCUUAACUGCUGAUGUUCUCCGUUUGGCUGAUGCCUCUAUGCCGAACUAUGACAGAAUGUUCGCCCAACGUUUGACUGUGCAGAACGUAGAAUAGAUGGAUUGCACAUGGUGUCACUGACCACCAUCUUGGAUGAAACAUGCACGCAUGAACGGCUAUAGUUUAGCCUUUUUGAGUUAUGGCGGACACUACAGUUUUGUGCAGGGUUUGAUUUGGAUGUAUACAGUCAUUGUGUCACUCCUAAAAUUAAAAUUAAAUAUACAAAAAAUACUAAACGUGGCUAUGAAAAAAGAAGAAGAAAAACUUUCAACAAAUAAGAAUUAUUACAAAAUAUAAAUUGCAUUUGAGAAACUAUGUUGUCAGAAACGUUCUUUAGCUUGUAAAUCAUGGAAUAAGUUCCUGGGUAGACUUAACCGCACCAGAUUUUUGGCGAUACAUACAAAAAAGCUACCAUCUUUUGAAAUGAAAUUUUCACGGUUUGAUUUGUUUGUAUAGCAACAAGAUUAAACCAAUCGACAGUUCCAAAAGCCAAUGCGUUCUUUUGAAGCCAGAAUGAAUUGAUUAAAAAAUAACAACG